GCAGGAACGGAGUCGAUGCGCCUCCAAUGGGAGAGGCCGGUGAGGCUACUAUUGUUGAUGAGGCGGCCGGAGAAGCCUCACGAGUGUCUCCCCGUGUGUGAGGAUUCAGUGCUGGUGUGGGGGAGGGACCGGGAGGAAGGUGGGGGGUUUUGUUUGCUUCCUCGCCUCACUAUUACUACUGAUUCAGCCUCGGGCAGCCGCCCGGAAGAAACCAGGAUGUCUUCCCAGCCGCGCGUGAGGCGCAGCGGCUCCCCGACUCCAGCAACCUCCGCGGGGGGAGGGGGAGCCGCGGCCGUGGCGGCCACUACGACGGCGGCGGCGGCGGCAGGCGGGGCAGCUGGCACCAACAGCCGCCUACAGCCCAUGCGGGCCACGGUGCCUUUCCAGCUUAAGCAGCACGGCAGCCCCACGAGGAGCGGCGGCGGCGGCAGCAGCAGCAUUCCACGAGGGGCGGCGGCGGCGGCGGCAGCAGCAGCAGCAAACGCCCCACUCCAACCGUCGCCGCCGCCGCCGCCUCCCUUGCCUUCCGCGCGUGCCGCCAGCCCCACGCGAUCGAUGCUUGGUAGCGGCAACAACGCUGGCGCGCGCGGGGCCAACACCAAUCUUAGCAGCAGCAGCAGCAGCAACAGCAACAGCAGCAGCCCGACCGUGGGCACGCAGACGCUUCUCGGGGCGGGCGUCUCCGCCACGGGGACACCUUCCUUGUCCUCUUCCUCGGGUUCCGCGCGCGGCAGCCCCACGGGCGGGGGAGGGGCGCGUAGCAGCCCCCCUCGCCUGCCGGCGCCGCCCCUGCCCGGUUCGACGCCCUCGCCUUGCUCGUCCCCGGUUUCGCCGCCGGUGCCUGAGGGCAGCGCCUGUGCCGCCGCCGCCGCCUCUUCAACGGGAGGAAAAAUCCGGCAUCGCCAGCGACGGCAUUCGCCGGAACAAAACAGGGCCUCUCCGGAGAGGAAGAGUCCUAGUUCGCCUGUUUGUAAAGUAGAUAAACCACGGCCACCAUCAUCAAGCCCUUCUAGUAUUUCCCGCCGUACCCCUUCACUAGACAUACUUGCUGCUCCGUAUCUUGCUGGGCAAUGGCCUCGUGAUAAUCAUGGGCAAGUCACACCUUGUAUGAGGGAUAAAGCCACACAGACUGAGAGUGCUUGGGCUGAAGAAUACUUGGAAAAGAAGAAGGGAUCUCAUAAGCGCUCAGCAUCUUGGGGCAGCACAGACCAACUCAAAGAGAUUGCCAAGUUACGCCAGCAACUGCAAAGAAGCAAACACAGCAGCAGACACCAUCGUGAUAAAGAAAGACAGUCUCCAUUCCAUGGUAAUCAUGCAGCUAUUAACCAGUGCCAGGCUCCAGUCCCAAAGAGCAUGCUGGUUCCUGUGAUACCAAUAGCUAAGUCAAGUGGAUCCCGUUUCCGUAAUAGCAUAGAAGGGCUGAAUCAGGAGAUUGAAAUAAUCAUAAAAGAGACUGGAGAGAAAGAGGAACAACUUAUUCCACAAGAUAUUCCAGAUGGGCAUCGAGCGCCACCUCCUUUAGUGCAGCGUAGCAGCAGUACUCGCAGCAUUGACACACAAACUCCGGGUGGAGCAGAGAAAGGCAGUAACAACAGCAGCCGAUCUCAGUCUAUUUCCCCAAGCUCCUUCCUUGCUAUCUCCAAUGAGGGCAGUGAGGAGAGCCCUUGCUCUGCAGAUGACUUGCUUAUGGAUCCCAGAGAUAAAGAGAAUGGAAACAAUUCUCCUCUGCCCAAAUAUGCUACAUCACCAAAACCCAACAAUAGCUACAUGUUCAAACGUGAACCUCCUGAAGGCUGUGAGAAAGUCAAAGUGUUUGAGGAAAGCUUGCCAAAACCUUUGCAUGAAAUUCCAGCUUUUUAUUGUCCUGACAAGAAUAAAGUUAACUUUAUUCCUAAAAGUGGCUCUGCCUUCUGCCUUGUCAGCAUUCUCAAGCCCCUUCUUCCCACGCAAGAUCUUACUCUCAAAGGUGCUACUCAUAAUCUGACCGUCACGACUGGUAUGACACCCACACUUCUGCAACCUCUUUCCAUGGCCUCCCUUUCAGCAAACACAGACCAAGAGCGCCUCUCUCGUGGAACGAGCAAAGUAAUAUCACAGAUGUCUGUGCUCCAGCAGUCAGGACAUAGUGAAGAAACUGAAGGAUAAGCUCUGCGUGGCUAAGGGGGGGAGGGGAUUUUAUGGAAACAACUGUGAUUAAACUUUCUAGACGACAUCUCUUUGUAUCACAACAGCUGACGGUUCCAUAAACAGGUCAUAGGUAGUCUCUUACACACCAUGCCACGAAUGUCAGCCUCCUGUGAGAUCUAGGAAAAAAGGAGCAGCAGAGAGCCAAAUGCAUUUGUCUUGGGAUGGUUCAGGUACAGACUCUGAGCAUGCUGCUUUGGUACCAUAAAGAAAGGAGAUAUCCUCACAACUGGAGGGACCAAUUUUUUUUCUGAUACUUUGUGUUUCAGUGUAAACUUCGAGUUUGAACAAUGAAAAAGACAUCCCAACUUUUCUUAGCAGAAUAUCUGUUUUCAGGAGAAAAAAAAAGGAAACCAUUAAUUCAUAUGAAGAUAGUAUUUACAAAUGUGCAUUUUUUAAAUUUCAUCAUCAUCAGGAUAAUUGCACUUUUCUUGCUACAUCUUUUUCACUGGGACCAAUGGAUUGAAACUUUUUCAGUAUUCUGUCAUAAGACCAGCUGAUUUUGCUCCUUUUCCCAGAUUAGUGUAACAUCAUUCAGACAAAGAAGAAAAGCAAUAUUGUCACAUGCUGAACGGGGUAGGGAAGGGGGAAAAGCACAUGUGUGGAAUUUCUUGUCUGAAAAUAGCAUUUUAGUGCACUUCAGCUAACCAUGUCAUGAUUUAUUCCUAAUGUUGUAUUUCAGGACAUGUUUCCAUCCUUUUUCCCCAGAACGCCAACUAACUGUCACAACGGUGCCUCUUGGGACAACUUAGUUUUUUAUGUUACUGUCAAAAUCUUGAAUUGCCUUUGGCAUAUAUACCUGAUUCUAUCAUGUCUUGCCACUAUACUAUAUAAACCCUGUAGUCAUAUGAUCUUAAAAGGGCCAUGCAUGCAUGGUGGUUUUUGCUUGUCAAAGUACUGUUUUGUGGGUCUGUUAAGGGUAAUAGUUUGUCGGGCAUGAUAUUGUUGAAGCAAUUUAUUUCAAUGGACAUGUCUCCUUUUGGAGUAGCAAUAUUGUUAGGGUGUUAAGCUAAGAAUCUUUUUAUGCUUUCAUUGAUGUGGCCCAUUUCAUUUUUAGUACUUUUUUUAAGUGAACUAUACUUAUGGAAGAAUUGAAGAUAAGAAAUUUUUGUUGUUAUGUUUGCUUGUGAAAGGGUCUGAGCUAAUAUGGAUAGAAAAGUGUAUUUACCAAGCUGAUUAAAUGGCACAAGAUAUAGCCGUUGGGGGAUAGUUAGAGAGAAGUUACAUUUAGAAAGCAAUAUAUUCUGGUAUCUUUAGGUAAACAAAAAUAUCAUAGCAGUGUAACCUAUUCCAGACUGGCAGAUAAACAGACAUAGCAACAUCAGCAUGUUUUUGAUGCAAUGUUGGUUGGAAAUGAACCACUUCCACCUCAAGUGGAUCUUUGAUUUGUUUUGCAACAUUCGUAAUACAAUGAUUUAAAUAAUUACUCCUACAUUGUUUGGCCUCUUGAUUCUUGUUAAAAUUAAUCAACUGAGUAAAAACUUGCAUUUUGAUUUACCCAGAUAGGUGAUUGGUUUGUCCAUUUUACAACAUAGGUUCUGAUGCAGAAAUGUUAAUGUUAUAAUAUAGCUGUUAGUUUUUAAGGUACCAAAACACAUCUUUGAAUUUGCUGCCACCGAACCCUGUUCUGAUAUUUCCUGGAUGCAUGAACAUGGGGGAAAGAGCGGAGGCUGUACUUAACAGAGCUCCCUCCUCCGCCAACUUUCUACAGCCUGACAUACCAGUAGAAGCUUUAAAAGAUAGCUGGACUUGCAUGCAAGAUCACAUAUGUGAUCUGCAUUCUGCUGUAGUCCAUUCCUAAAGCAAGUGAGGAGCAUUAUGUGCUUUUAUGGUACAUGAAUGUACCAGAAUAAAGCUACUCUGCAACAUUUUUCCUGAACAUAAUGGAAGUUUGUGAGAGUGGAGAUGAUGUUAUAUGCCUAGGUCUGUUUUCUCUCCACCGGUCCAAGCAAAUGCAUGAAGGGGUUGGACAAACAACACUAUCCUUCUGGAAGUUUUUUAUUUGAUUGCUGUUGUAUUUUGAUCCUAUAUUGUAUUGCUUUAUCUUUAUUUCUGUUUUAUUCUGUAUUCAGAUAUUUUAGCAGAGCAAAAUAGUCUUACACCUAUUCCACAGUCUUAAAUAUGUGGGUCAUCUAAAUUUACUGUAUGAAACAUAAGGGGAGAGCUAAGUAUUUCUUACUUGACUUAAUGGUAUUAUAAUUUUAGUUUAAAGCAGAUGUAGGUUGUGUGAGAGAACAGUAUCUUGUAAAAAAAAAAAGCAUUGCACAAACAAUGUGAAGCCCCUUUUACUGCUAGACACAUAUGUGCAUUCUCAAAAUGUUUAAUGCUCCAGCUUCAUGAAAUGAGAGUUGGAUUAUAUUUGUGCAAAAGGAUAUCUGCACUUUAUCUAAAUCCACUCCUGUUGUUUCAUGUUAAGGAGCAGCUUAGAUUUGACAGACUUUGUCAAAUCCUUCAGGGGAUUUGUGGAAAUAUUAAAGGGCCAAAUUACAAUUAGGAAUAAUGAAAGAGUGGGUCUGUGAACCAGAACACUUUGUUUUCAUGGAUUGUUGUAAGAUGUGUUCAACUUGAAUAUAUUGAAAUCUUUUAGACAUGAUUUUUAUUAUCCUCAUUGAUGCCAGAACAAAUGUUAGUAGUAAAUGACUCAAGACAUUUGAGGCUGGCCUUCAAAUGCACAUUUAAAAAACUGACACUUCAACUUUUAUUAAGAGAACAGAAUUUAUUUAGCCCCUGUGAUUGUAAUAAUUUGAGGAUUUGUAUAUUAUAACCAGCAAGGGCUUAAUUUCUACUUUUAUGCAGUGAGAGGACUCAAUUGAUUUGCAGUCACAAGAUGUUAGCUCAUAGCAAGCAUAGUUAUCGUUUAGAACUGCAGUUUUUAUCUUUCUUCAAACCUCCUAUUAGCUGUCUGUGUGGUAGGUUCCCCUUCUGUGGUAUGUGAGCAUUUAAGCUAAUGAUUUCAAGAGAGGUAGGAAUGAUAAAGUUCAAGGAAAUUGUAAAAACAAGGCAGAGAACUUGGACUCUUUUCCACAGUCAAAGGCAUUGUACUUCCAAGUCACAUGGAGAGCUUGAAGCAUUCCUCUCUCUUCCAAAUGGAGCUAAAGAACUUACGAGAUUGUUGAGAAGCAUUUUCUAGGAAUUGGUUUGAUAAAGAAGAUAAUUUAUUUGCCAUGGAUGAUUCAUGGUUAAUAGUUCAUGAGGGCUAUAUAUUUGAAAAAAUGAGAAAGGAUAAUUCCUCUUAUUCCUAAAGGCAGUGACCAAAGUCGAACUGGGUAUUCUUCAUGUACCUUUGCCCCUUGUUCUCUUUUGUCCUAGAGCUACCAAUAUUCCCUACUUUCAUUAAAAGGUGGGGGGAGUAUAUCUUAUUUUCACCCAACUUGUAGAGAAGCAGCAACAUUGAGAUAAGGGGAGAAGAAAAACUAGGAAAAUGAAAGAAAGCAAAACAGAAUACCCAAAGUAAGGACAGGUUUCUGAUGGCAAAAUGGGAUUCAAGGAACAGACUUCUCUUUAUCCUUGUGCUUCUUUGCAAGUUUAAAUUAGCACAUGUAGUAAUACUACAUGAGUUGCAAGUUUUUGGAGUUGAAAAUCCACAUACUUACUUAGAAGUUGACUGCUGACAUGUAAAUUGAACAGAAGUAGUCAUGUGGCAAGGAUUCCUGAAAUCUCUCAAAAACAAUUAUUAUUGUAUCCUGUAUUUGGAAAUAGAAAUUACAACAUAGUAAAGUAACUGUUAUGUGAAGACAUUAAAAAUCCAUUGUCUUCAACUGAUUUGCAGUCAUGUUCAUAUAACAGGAAAUGCAUUAUUAAGAACUUAUAAUACUCUACAUAUUUUCUGACUAUUUUACACAUUGGUUAUAAAAGAUAACAAACAGGGAUUCUUGCCAGAUCAAAUUCAUCAAUAGGCCUGCUCUGAAGUGUAGUAUAUAGUUUAUUUCCAUCACCAAAAGAACAAUGAUAUGGAGAACAAAAAUCCCUUGAUAUUGCUUUGUACACUCUGAUAAUAUUCUGUUCAUGUUUUUGGAAUGCUUUUAAGGAAAAGAGGAAACUUUAACAAUGAGAAAGUCUUAAGGAUAGCAUUGAAUUUUGCCUUGGUGAUUUGUUUGUUACUCUAAGGCAGGGGAUUACUUUCAGUGGGACAGAUAGCAAAGCUCUGCCCUGCCAAGGCCUUGGAGAACAAUGCAGGUAUUACUCAGCUUACAACCACAAUUGAGCCCAAAAUUUGCUAAGCAAGACUUUACAUAAGUUUUGCCUUAUUUUAUGAGCUUUCUUGCCGCAGUUGUUAAGAGUGAAUUGCUGCAGUUGUUUUUAAGUGACUGCUUGUCAGAAGGUUGCAAAAGAUGCUUACAUGACCCCAGGACACUGCAGCCACCAUAUUUGCCAGUCACAUGACCAUGGAGAUGCUACAAAAGUCAUAAGUGUGAAAUACAAUCAAGACAUUUUUCUCAGUGCUGUUGUAACCAAAUGGUCACUAAAUGAAUGGUUGUAAGUUGAGGACUACCUGUAACUAAUUGCAUAUAUGCUUAAUGCAGGGGUGUCAAACUGGCGGCCCACAGGCCGGUUGCAUUGCGCAGGCCAUGCCCACCCCAGCUCUGUGAAGGGAAAAAACAUCGCAAUAUGUCAUGUGAUGGCAACAUGACACAGCGAGUUUGACACCCGUGGCUUAAUCCUUACAACAUAAGAUGCUGCUUUUUUUACGUCGAUUUGCACCAGUAUUACUUAUGAUAACUCCUUAUUAGAAAAAAAGCAUUCUUUCUGAUGAAAUGGUUGUCUGCUUAUGUAAGCUAUUAGUGACCUGAAGGUGGGCCCUUUAGAGAAGUUUUGUGAUUGACUCAUGAGAAUGUAGCUGCAGCACUGACUAGACAGCAAGUUUGAAGAUUUUUAUGUUUAUAGUAUGUGCUUCAGCAUAAAACUGUAUUCAAGACUACAGUUGUGGCUAAUUGAGGUCACACAUAGAAUAUAAAAAAAUGUCAAAAAGGUCAAAUUUCUCUCUGAUUGUCUGCCUCUUUCUGUCUCUCUCACACACACAUGCUAAUUUUCAAAGAUGAUUUAGUGAACAUGAAUGUUUUUAUGAUUUCUGGUUUCCUGAUUUUGUUUAGCUAUAGAUAUGUUCAAAUGCCAAUAAAAUCUUUAUAAAGUUGUAUCUUUCCUCACACUCUAGUUCUGCCUAGAUAGUGUAUAAGUAACCUCCUUACAGCAGUUCACUGCCAGUGGUAUGUAUGGGGUGUUAUUUCCCUUCCAGGUUCAUCUUCUCUUGCUAGAGCCAGUACUAGGGAUAAAGGUGUUACAGCUAUGUGCUAUAAUUGCAAAGGCCAAUGAUGUAAGAUUUUUUUAAAAUUUUCUUCUCAGUGCACACUGGUGUGUUUGGGCAUUUGUUUUUCUAUUGUUUUUAUUUUAAUGAUUGAUGUACAAUAUGUCAACAAGAAAUUUUAUUGAAUUUUUUUACAAAAAAAAAUGUUUUCCUCACCUUUAUGGAACUUGUACACUUUCAAUAAAUACUUCAACAAAAUCA